UAUGAACAAUCAUUGAAAACUUUGGUGGAACAACAUGUAUCUGACCCUAUUUCAUGCUCAGAUACUGUUUGUGACCUUAUUCCUUUCUUUUUGCAAACUGCUCCGCACAGAUUGCUUGCUCUCUCUCUUUCUGUCUCUCCAAGUACACACAAAGGUAUAGGAAAUGGUACGAGCAGCCAUGGAGGAGGCCAUAGUUCUGUACCCAUCACCACCUAUUGGCCAUUUGAUAUCUAUGGUGGAGCUAGGGAAACUCUUAUUGACCCAAAAAUCUUCCCUUUCUAUUCACAUACUCAUCACUUCUGUGCCCUAUGAUUCUGGCUCCACUGCCCCUUACAUUGCCAACGUUGCUGCCACCAUUCCCUCGAUCAAAUUCCACCAUCUUCCUACUGUAACCCUCCCUUCUACAAAAACCACCCAUCAUGAAGAACUCACUUUUGAGGUCCUUCGCCUCAGCAAUCCUCACGUUCGUGAACAACUAUUGUCCAUUUCCAAAAACUACACCAUUCAUGGACUUGUUGUGGACUUCUUUUGCUGUGCUGCUCUCUCUGUUUCCAAGGAACUCAAUAUCCCUGGCUACCACUUCUCCUCUUCUGGUGCUGGUGUUCUCGCUCUUUUCCUUUAUUUCCCAACCAUUCAUAGCACCACCACAAAAAGUCUGAAAGAUCUCAAGUCCCUUCUUCAUAUUCCCGGUAUUCCACCAAUUCCAUCGUCUGACAUGCCAAUACCGGUACUUGAUCGCGACGAUAAGUCCUAUGAGAACUUUUUAGAUUCCUCAAGAAGCUUUCCCGAAUCAGCAGGUAUUGUCGUAAACACUUUUGCCUCACUUGAAGCCAGAGCUGUGAAAACAUUAUCAGAGGGAUUAUGUGUACCCAACAACCGCACACCGCCAAUUUACUGUAUCGGACCAUUGAUAGCCACUGAAGGUCCUAAAGAUGAUGCAGGCACUCGCAAUGGCACUACGCUGGAGUGUCUAACAUGGCUGGACUCGCAACCAGUUGGAAGUGUUGUUUUUCUAUGUUUUGGUAGUUUGGGGCUGUUCUCCAAGGAACAGUUAAGAGAAAUAGCUUUCGGGUUGGAGAGAAGUGGUCACAGGUUCUUGUGGGUGAUUCGGAAUCCACCUUCUGAUAAGAAAAGCGUGGCACUCUCGGCAAGUCCAAACAUUGAUUUAGACUCAUUGCUCCCUGAAGGUUUCUUGGAUCGAACCAAGGAGAGGGGACUCGUGCUGAAGUCGUGGGCCCCGCAAGUAGCAGUGCUGAACCAUCCAUCGGUAGGCGGGUUCGUAAGUCAUUGUGGAUGGAACUCGGUGCUGGAAGCAGUUUGCGCAGGUGUGCCAUUGGUGGCUUGGCCACUAUACGCAGAGCAGAGGCUCAAUAGGAUCUUCUUGGUGGAGGAAAUGAAACUUGCAUUGCCGAUGAAUGAAUCUGACAACGGGUUUGUGAGUUCGGCCGAGGUGGAGGAGCGAGUUCUAGGGUUGAUGGAGUCGGAGGAAGGUAAGUUGAUUAGGGAGAGAGCCAUAGCCAUGAAAAUUGCAGCACAGGCCGCAUUGAAUGAGUGUGGUUCUUCUCGGGUGGCUUUGUCUAAACUUGUUGAGUCAUGGAAAGACAAAUGAUUUUAUUAUUCCACAUGUUUAGAGGCUGGAAACCACUAAGAAACACGAUGCACCAUAUAAGGAAUUAACCGCAACUCCCGCUAAUGCGUGGUAGGCGUGAAGGUGGCGCCAUAGGCUGGGUCACCAAGUUCCAAACUUUAUCUUCUUUUUUUCACAGUUAUAACUUUCUUGUGUCCCCCCUUUUAAGUCUUUAUUGUCCUGCGUGCAAUAAAUCGCAUAAAUUGUUUUUUAGUGUCAUUUUCCUUAAGAGUCAUGACUUCUCUUGAAUAUUUGUACAUGGGGACGAUUCUCAGCUCCCUCUAUUGAUGGCUACCGCUACUAUAUAUUUUUUAUUGAUCAUUUCACCAA